AUGGCCGACUCCGAAGACAAGGAGCAAUUUGUGGCUACAGUCUCGGAGGAUCAUGAGACGACUUGUUGGGGCUGCGGUUUACGCCUAAUUCUUCCAUCCAAUGCACCUGUGUUCAAGUGUGGUUGGUGUGGAGCUGUGACGAACCAAAACGAUAAAAAGCGUGAAAACAAAUGGUUCUGGUGGAAACGCCUGAGAGACCGAUGCUUCGUAUUUGUCCUUCUUGGCUUCAUGCUCUUAGUAAUAGGUGGUGGCCUGUGGGCUGUGCUUCCAAUUCUUUUCGACAACAGCCUAUUUGCUGGCGUUCUUCACUCGUUUAUAGCUGCUGUCUUGUCUCUGAGCACUCUUUCGACAUUCGCCCUUGCUUCCUUUGGGUGUGCUGGCACACCACCUAUCAUACAGUGGGGGAGCUAUCCAGUUGUUGGGAAAGGUCACCUUGAGAACUAUACCUUCUGUCAUGAUUGUUUAAAGCCCAAAUCACCGAGGAGUCAUCAUUGUCGCUCUUGUGGAUUCUGUAUCCUAGACAUGGAUCAUCACUGCCCUUUUAUAGGAAACUGUGUUGGUGCAGCAAAUCACCGGCACUUCAUCUUGUUCCUCAUCUCUGCAGUGGCCAGCAUGUUAUACGUUGCAUUCAUGUCAGCUUAUGUAGGUUCCCAGAUUUGGCCGCCAUUAACAUACCGACAACCCCUAGAUCCAUUGAGUGGGAUAAACAGUGAUGUAGCUUGGAGAACAUUGACAGAGAGUUUCCUAGCUCUGCUGAACUCAGCUUUGCUUCUGUCAGCAAGAGGGCUUGUUCUGGUGUAUCUCUUCUUUGCCGGUAUAUCAGUGCAGAUAGGGCUUAGUGUGCUUCUCUGGCAGCAGCUGUCUUACAUAUACGAAGGGAAGACUUAUCUAAGCCAUUUAAGCGCUCAAAGGACUGCUACGGACGAGGUUGUCGAGAAAGACUGCAAGAACAUUCUGCUGUUCUUCGGAUGCCCGUAUUCGGUGUCAAGAUUGUUGCCCACUGUGAGGGAUUCUCAGAAGCGGCACAGGAAAUGA